AUGGCCGAAUCGUCGAGCUUCAUGCAGCGAUUUGUGCAGCGCACUUUCUUCCCGUUUGGAGGGUCUGGUUCUGCACCUCCUGCCAACGAUGCGGCCUCGAAAACGGGUUCUGAGCAGACUUCGACGUCGUCUGUGAAGGGUUCUGCGAGCUCGACGAGCAGCGGAGCGUCGAUCAAGGCCCAUGGACGUCGACAUUCUAUGGAUCCCAAGCCUGUUUCUCGAGAACCACUAGCCUCUGCAGGAGCAACACAGCUACGUCGAGUCUCCAGCGUUUCUUCGCUCCGUUCGGCCGCCUCCUCGUCGAAACGCAAGGUCAAGAAUUCAGUUCAAAGCGUCGGUGGAUUUUGGAAGAAAGUGACGGCUGUUACCACCUCCAGCAUCUCUUUCCUCGGUGGAAGCACUGUACCAACAGAACCAGAAGCUUCGAAGCCCACGCAGGAUGGAAACAACGCAGAACCAGCCAAACCCCAGCCACAACUGCUCUAUUACAUGGGCUCUCGCUCGACCUCUUCGUUGGCAUCCGAACUUAGCUCAUCAGCUUCAGCCGUCUUGUCGAAACCUCCUCAAGCCCAGGGACAGAAAGGUGGAGGGCACGCCAAGUUGCUCAGUAUGGUUGCAGAGGGCGACGAGGACGAUACCCCUGUCGGUUCUUCGUCCUAUAGCACAAACUAUACUGGAUCCUCCUCCGUUUCAGGCGAUGCCACAGAUACCUCCAUCACCACUCCAACAUCAGCUACUACUCCAGCCACGCCCAACGCUCCUCUGCCUAAACCCAUGACCGCUGCGGAUCUGGGAUUCACCUCGCCUCCAGGCAGGACCAUCCCACUCGCUUCUCGAUAUACGAAUCCCUUCGCUCACAACUCGACGCCUUCGGGCGCACCACCGCCUACACCCGUCGUGCACACCAUUGCACCACCCAACUCCCCCGAACUCAACACCGUCCCUCUGCCCAGCAUCCACGUCGUCGCAGCCUCGUCUGACGGUCAGCCCUCCGUACCUCCAACCAACCACAAUCAAGAACCAGCGGAGAAGGAGGAAGAAGAGGAGGACCUCUCCGACCCCACCGUCCUCGCACGCAAGAUCCAAGAACUAAUCGACAGCCUUCCCCCGCCACCAGUCUGGGAGCACCCCAUCGACCCAGAUCCCAACAUCGACGUUGGCCCACCCACACCUGCGCCUGGUACACCACGCCGACGCUUCCCCGGCUCCCCACGCGCAGGGUACCCGUACCCAGGUUCCCCCCAUCGUCGUUUCCCCGGUUCGCCAAGGUCGCGGUACCCGGGGAGUCCUCGAGGGGGAGGAGGAAGUUGGUACCCCGGCUCGCCGCGUCCGAAUCCUAUUACGCGUAUGCCGGCGCCGCCGCCCCCGCGCACGCCCAAGAGGGAUAAGCAGACAGGCAAACCGCUCCCCCCGCCUGACGCCGUACCUGAGGCGAUCAAGCAUGCGAAGGGGGUGGAUAAAGUCCUUGAAUGGUUGUGGCGGGCGCCUGCUAUGAACGGCGGGAGUGAAAGUGGGAGGGGGAAGGGGGUUGGUGGCAAGCCUGGAGGUGGUGGGAGGGAGAGGAAGAAGAGGAGCGUAUGGAAUAUUUUAGAGUCGUAUGAUACGACUGGGCAUAUUCCUCCUACACCGUACACUCCUGGACGGACGAUCCCGCUUCCGCCUGAGGACGAAGGAUCAGGCGCACCGGGUGGGACUAUACCUCUUCCUCCAGUGGAAGACGAGGGGGAGGGAGAGGGCGAGGUGGAGGACGAAGAUCACGAACACGAGCACGAAGAGUGGUACGAAGACCCGAACGACAAGGAGGGUAUCUUCACGGAUGGAAGCAGUAUCAUGCUGUACUCUCCCAUUCUCCCUGGACAGCGCGACCUAGUGGAGAUGGGAGACCUCGUUAGCGUUUGGGUGGAGGAGGAUCUGGAUGGUGACGUGGAGGAACCAGCUCAGCAGCAGCACCAACAGCAACUUCAACCACAGCAGCAGCCUGAGGUGAAAGCUUGGAGCUGGAUGCCGCGUCCAGCUGCUGGGAUGUGGCAAUGGUUCGGCGCGUCCUCUAGCGCGACCACGUCGACAGCAGCCUCUACCACCUCCCUCCAAGUCCCCACCUCCCCCCUCCCCACCCACAACAACGCCUACAACUACGCCUACGCCGCCAAAGCCACGUAUCGGACGUACACUUCACCGGAUGGACGGACGCGCCAUGUGAGGAUUUUGGAACAGAAAGCGUGGGCGCCGAGUAAUGAGAAGAUGAGCGUGCAGGUGUUUUGGUGGGGGUAUCGAUUGUAUCUCCCACCCCCCGUCCUCCUCAUCCUCUCCGACAAGACGGUCGAAGCGACGAAACGAGCGGCGAUGAUUACGACUGCUCUGACGUGGUUCUUCAACAAUAUCCCCGUUGCUAGUUUGCCGAUUGCUGUUCAGCCUACUGUUUUGUUGUUGCAGCGGUUGGCCCCGUAUUUGGGAUACAUUGGGACGUUUAUUAGCUGGAGCUGGCAGCAGAUUAAGAGUUAUGAUGUUGGCAACGGCGUGAUCAUGACUGCAACUUGGCUCCUCCCCAUCGCCCUCAUCCCGGGAACGUGGUGGGACCAUUCAUUCCCCAAGAGUCCGGCGGCGCAGGCUCCUAUACCACUUCCACCGACGGACGAGACGCCUUCCCAACCUCAGCCAAACCAGCCUAGGAGGGAGGUGCCAGCGCCUGGAACUGGAGACGACGAUAGCGAUGGAGAGACUGAAGCACCGACGGAGAGUACGCCUUCGUCUCCUGGUGGUGGGCCGAUAGGGCAGCCUACCGUACCCUCUGCACCGAGCACAGGGCCAUCUCCACCUAGUAUAGUCCCCGAAUCCUCUACGCCUUCGGAAGCGGGGGAGUCGGUGUCUGUGCAUAGCGCUUCGUCCGGCGCAGCUAAACCCGCGCCGAGGACGAGGAAGACCUCCCUCUCUGCGACGUUUGCUGCGUUUAUUGGGAGGAAGGGGUUGGUUAAGAGUAAUUCGACCUCUAGUACGACUACGUCGGCGUCUUCGAGCGGUGGGGGUGGUGGCACGACGCCUACUUCCACGACGUCGACUGCGCCGACGAGUGCGGUGCCUUCGCCUACUGCGCCUAUGAGUCCUGCUCAAGUUCGAGCGGCGGCAGCUGGUGCUUCUCCGGCUCAUGUUCCCCAAUAUCCUACCCCGCCUGCGUCGACGGGAACCCCGGCCUCACCGACAAUUACCUCCUCAACGAUUACCUCACCAACGAUGUCGAUGUACGCCACGCCUAUGAGCUCUCCCGUUCCUACACCUCACGCACCCUUGCAGUCCUUCCCCGUCGCUCUGACUGGGGGAACCCCCAACUCAAUUGUUGCGGACUCGAAGGUCACAUCGUCUUCAUACUCUGUUUCCUCGCCGCAACUGAAAUCGAAUCAUCGCCACAGUCACAGCUAUAGUCAUCGUAGUGCGGCUUCUGGGGGAGGUGAUGGUUUGGGUCAGCAUAGCAGUAGAAGCGGAUCGAGGAGUGGUUCAGGGCAUCAUCAUAGCAGGAGCGGUUCAGCCUCGGCUCUUCAGGUUCCUGCGCCAGUUCCUCCCCCUCAGCCUGGCGUUUGUCCGGAUAGUACCUUGGGCCAGGAGUUGGUGAGGAGUUGGAGGGUGGGGACUGUGCCGUUGCCUGAGGGUGGGGAUACGGUUAGAACUUGA